AUGUCUACUGCCAAUUCGACUCAAAUUGGCACAUCUACUAAGCCGCUCGUUAAGAAAGAGGUUACUAAAGCUGAAGAGGCAACCAGUGAAGUCACUGAGGCUACCAAGGAGUUGUUGACUUCUGAUGAUUGGAAAGAGAAGAUUCAUCGUCCCACUGCCGAUGCUCGCGUGAAGACUACUGAUGUUACUGCUACUAAGGGUAACGACUUUGAGGACUACUUUUUGAAGCGUGAGUUGCUUAUGGGUAUCUUUGAGAAGGGUUUUGAGAAGCCCUCACCUAUUCAAGAGGAGUCUAUUCCUCCAGCUUUGGCCGGUAAGAAUAUUCUAGCUCGUGCUAAGAAUGGUACUGGUAAAACUGCCUCAUUCCUUAUCCCUAUGUUGGAGAAGGUUAAUACCGACAUCACUGAUGGCAUCCAAGGACUUGUCCUCGUACCUACCAGAGAAUUGGCUUUACAGACAUCUGCUGUUGCUAAGGAACUUGGUAAAUAUAUGGAUGCUCAAGUUAUGGUCACUACUGGUGGUACUUCUUUAAGGGAUGAUAUUAUGCGUUUAUACAAUACGGUGCAUAUCCUUGUUGGUACUCCUGGACGUGUAUUGGAUCUUACCAAUAAAAGGCGUUUGCUCUUUGAGUGA